GGAAAUUCAAAAGCAGUCGGCAGAUUCCGGCACAUGCGUUCCGGAAUCGGAUCGUUGCGUUGAUGGUUCGUUAUCCGGGAGCGAAUUUGGAACGAGAUGUUGCACAUUUUAUAAUUUUCGCAUUGACCAAAUGAUAGUUAAUUUUAAUUUGUAAUAAGGAGAAAGAAAUUUUUUUUUCUGAGAGUUGAAUAGAUAAUAACUUCGAUGUUUUUUCCAAGUUUCUUUCCUGUCGUAUCGUGCUGGCUGGUCGUGGCCUUAAAUUUCAAAAUUUCUCUGGCAGUUCAGAUUCGUCGGCUGUCCGUUCCCCGCUGGGUAGAAAAUGGCACAGAAAGCUUCGUGACACUUGACUGUGAUUAUGUAUACAAUGAGAAUGAUAUUCAACUCGUAGUGAAAUGGUUCUUUGAAGAGAAUCUCCAACCAGUCUACCAGUGGAUACCUGAGUUAGGUGUAAGGCACACGUCUGGAAUAUUAAGUGACAGACUUGAUCUCAACUACACCGUCAAUACCGUGGAUGCCUAUCAAAGGUUCAGAGCUCUCAAAAUAACUCAACCUUCAAUCGAGCUAAGUGGUAAAUACACCUGCUUGGUAACUUCUCUAGCAGGACAGGACUCAAGAGCACAAUUCAUGACAGUUUUUGUACCAGCUCAAACGAUGGACGUAAAAUUCCAAAGAAACUCGAAUUAUCUAAACGUCAGCUGUGAGGCUACAGGUCUUUAUCCCAGACCAAAGAUUAAUCUCUACAGAAUCUUACCCAAAGAAAGGACACCGUCAGUGGUGAAAGAUGCUCAGACUUUUAUCGCCAAUUCAAAGGACACUUAUAACACAACGCUGUAUAAAAGCUUCGACCACCAGGAGCUUCUGAUGCCUGGGACAUCUGGCUUCGAAUGUGUUGUUGAAAUUCCAGGAACAAAUUAUCAAAGGAGAAAAAGAGUUGCCUACUAUGCAGAUCUGACGAGCAGCCAGCAUUGCCACAGCCCCCAAAAUUUCAUAGUUAUAUUUCUCAUUGUUGCAUCAGGAUUAUGUAUCCUGCAUAGAAAAUUUUAGUUCUACCGAAUUAAAGAAAUUGUGAUUUGGGAUUUGGAUGCAUUGCUGUUCAUUUCUAUAGCUAUAUUGCUUUUCGUAAGAUUCAAUGUAUAUCAGCUCAUAAGACAUGACUCAUGCUUUCAUUGUAAGCUACUACCAUUGUUGCUGUUUAUCUACAUGUAAAUACUCAAUUGAAUGUUGUUAAUUUCUAUUCAAUAAAAGUUUAUCAAAACUGCA